UUUCUUUCUUCCGGAUUAUGGGCUCUUUCGGCUCCCUUUCACCCUCUUCUGAGGUUUCAGAUAUAAGAAGAUGGUUUCCGAGCUAUGUCUAUGAAUCCUUUGUUUUGGACACUGGUGAUGGUUUUGGUGAUUCUGUUUUCAAAGAGGAUGAGACUGAGGAAGAUGGACGCAUUGCGGAAGGACUUAGAAAUGGAGAGAAUUUUGGUGGUUUUACAACUACAAUAAACCUUGACGAUGAGAAGACAAGCCCAAAUGACGAAAAUAACAAUAGUCUCCAGCCUUCAGCAAAGAUGCCAGAUUCUGUGCACUCGCCCUCACAAUUAAGCGAUCCGCCUUCCAUCAAAAAGUUGUUCUCAAACUAUGAGUAUGAGUCUCCUGUAUUGGGUCUAAGCGAUGAUGGUCUUAGUGAUACUGAUUCUAAAGAAAACAAGUGUGAUAAAGAGCAGGGUGUUGUGGAGAACAACAGAGAAAAAGAAGAGGGUAGAUUGGAGCAUGGAGAUAUCACAAAUAGCAAACAUGAUGUUGGUGCAGGAAAGUGUGAAUGUGACGGCUUUUUGGGAGCUUCCAAGCUUGAGAAGCAAGUUAUUUCAGAUUCUCUGCUCUCAUCCUCACUCAUAUCUGCAGACCCACCUGACGUUCGAAACUGGUUUCCAAAUUACACAUAUGAAUCUCCUAUAUUGGACACAGUUGAUGGCAAUGAAGAUUCUAUUACAAGUGAAUGUGUGAAUGAAAAAUUUGUCAUUGAAGACAGGAUCGAAGACAAAAAAGUAAACUUGAGGACAUUUCAACAAAACAAGUUUUAUGUUCCAAAGAAAACCAAGCCUUUAAUUUGUAACAGCUCUUUUGGAGACUUCAAGGAGGAGAAUAAACUUUUAUGUGAGAAACAGAAUCUUCCCCCAGAUGCCAGUUUUCAGUCCUUAAAAGUGGAUACUAGUUCAAGAAAUAUGGAAAGGAAAUCUCCAAGGAAGGAAAUUUGCAGGAAGGAUUUUGGAGAGAGCUCAUUUUCCAAGGAGCAAGCAUGGUUUGCGUCAACAACUACAAUGAGCAACUCAAAGUUAGCCAAAGUUGAUGUAGAUUCUAUGACAACAACUUGGGGAAGGAAUGACAAAGAAUUUGAAGGAAAACACAAUUCAGAGAAUGGUUUUGUUACCAUGAGGAAGAACAAACCAAAUGAUGAAAAUUCAAGACCAGAAGAGAUUUUACUAGGAGGUUCCAGAAAUAAGAGCAGAGUUCCGCUUCAUCAAACUAAGCGGAUAAAUUCUGCUGAAUUGGAUAUUGCUAGUAAUUCAGUUGAAGGAAGAAAUAUAUUGGCAGAAAGAAGUAAUUUUCAGCAUCCUGAUGUGAUGGGUGUCACUGGGAAAUGGCGGUGUCCACAGAAGAACAAGCCUAAUAUUGGACCUCCCAUGAAGCAGCUGAGACUGGAGCGAUGGGUUAACAGGCAUUAGGCAUUUGUGAGGAUUUUGGGACGAAACCUGUACAAUCUGUAUUCUGUACAAGUCCUGCUAAAAGGUGGCUUCCUCUUGAAGCUAACCCUGAUUUCAUGAACCAUUCAUGUCCCUUCUGCUAAGAGGUAGCUUUCCAUUGGAGGCAGUAAUUAUGUGGCUUGAACUCCUUGAGUCUGAUUUUUUGGCCAGUCAGCUAGCAAAUUCAUGGUGUAAGAAAGGGGUGAUAAUAAUUUUCCCUUGACAGGUAAUUCUUACAAGAAGUUCAUUCCCUUGGCAAGUUACAAUUAUCUAGAUUAUGUGAAAAAGAGAAUUCUAUCAUGUCAAAGGCAUUAUCAAAGUUUCUAUGGAGUUUUAGAAGUUGAGAACUGUUCUGAUUGAAAAUGUCCAAAUGUGGGGGGGACACAUUAUGAUGCAAUUUAUUUAAUUGUGUUUUCUUUGAUA